CUAUUUAAACCCACCCUUCCCUCCCUCCUCUCACCGCUCACUCCACUCUCUUCCUUUUCCCCCUUCCUCGCACUUCUGGACACGACGCAGACACAAACGUAAAAAUGAGCGUAUACAGGUUGAAGUGCUUCGGGCUGCUCCUCCUGCUUGUCCUUUUGGUGUGCUCAAGCUUGGAUGGCUGCGAAGGAAGGAAAGGCAAGCAUUGGAGGCGUAAGUCUCCCUCUUCCUCCUUGGCCAGGAAGAAAACAAGAGGGAAAAGUGGUGGUGGUCACAACCAUGGUGGUGGCGGAGGAAGCGGCGGCCACACGAGUCCACCGCCGAGUUCGAACCAGAGCCCGUGCCCGGUAACAGGGUCUCCGAACGCCUCAAAGCCGGCCAUGUUCGAUGUGCUGGAUUUCGGUGCCAAGGGAGAUGGCGUCACGGACGACACUAAGGCGUUUGAGGAUGCGUGGGCUGCUGCUUGUAAGGUGGAAGGAUCAACUGUCUUUGUUCCAGCAGAGUUCGAGUUCCUUGUCGGCCCUAUCUCGUUCUCGGGACCUUACUGCCAGCCCAACAUUGUGUUUCAGCUGGAUGGGAUGGUCAUUGCUCCGACUGAUGCCAAGGACUGGAGCGUUGGGCUGCUGUGGUGGAUCGAAUUCACAAAGCUGCGAGGAAUAACAAUUCGAGGCAGCGGAACGAUAGAAGGGCGAGGCAGCGUCUGGUGGACAAACACCAACUCUGAUGUUGAUUCAAUAAAUGAUGAGCUGAGUCUGAGGACGCCACAGAUGAAACCGACUGCAUUGAGGUUCUAUGGGAGUUACAAUGUGACGGUGACCGGCAUCACAAUCCAAAACAGCCCACAGUGCCACCUCAAGUUCGACAACUGCGAGGCCGUGCAGGUCUUCAACGUGACCAUCGCUUCACCCGGCAGCAGCCCCAACACAGAUGGAAUUCAUCUCCAGAAUUCGAGGGAUGUUAUGAUUCACCAUACCAACAUGAGCUGUGGUGACGACUGUGUUUCCAUCCAAACGGGAUGCUCAAACGUCAACAUACACAGUGUAGACUGCGGCCCCGGCCAUGGAAUCAGCAUCGGAGGCCUCGGCAGAGACAACACCAAGGCAUGCGUUUCCAACAUCACGGUCAGGGAUGUCAACAUGCACAACACCACGACCGGCGUCAGAAUCAAGACCUGGCAGGGUGGGUCAGGGUCUGCACAGAGCAUAAGGUUCUCCAACAUAAGAGUAACAGAGGUCCAAACUCCCAUCGUCAUCGACCAAUUCUACUGUGACAAAAGCUCCUGCAAGAACCAGACAUCAGCCGUGGCGCUCUCAGGCAUCGCGUACGAGAACAUCAAGGGAACCUACACGGUGAAGCCGGUGCACUUCGCUUGCAGCGACACCUCUCCGUGCUCGGACAUCAGCCUGACCGGGGUGGAGCUGAAGCCACUGCAAGAGCAGUAUCACAUGUACCAGCCUUUCUGCUGGCAGACCUUCGGGGAACUCUACACUCCAACCAUUCCUCCCAUCGUCUGCUUGCAGAAUGGAAAGCCAGCGGGCAACCGCAUCUUGUCCGACCGUGAUGUCUGUUGAUGACCGCCAUCGCCGAGCAAUACCGGUGCACAUACGCGUGCGGUCGCUGUGAUUCGUGCGGCCCCUUGGCACCAUUUCCUCAGAGUACAUAUCUAGAUUUUCCAGCCACCAUCAUUACGAUUACUGAAAAGAGUUUAUAUGUUUCGAUAUAGCAUUCAGGAAUGAGAAUAUGAUCAUUAAUUCA